GAGGGACAUGGCCCAGGAGACCAACCAGAACCAAGGGCCGCUGCUCUGCACUACUGGCUGCGGUUUCUACAGCAACCCGCGAAACAAUGGCAUGUGUUCGAUGUGCUACAAGGACUUCCUCCAGAGACAAAACAACAAUGGACGAGUCAGUCCACCAGUGUCGUCCUCGGCGGCGGUUAGCAGCCUGGGGGAGUCCCUCCUAGCCCAGUGCUCAGAGAGCAGUACUGUAGACGUGCCGUCAGCCACGACCCACACAGACACCAGGAUGAACAGGGUUGUAUCUAGCCAGUCACUUUUAACGACAGCACCAGCUACUCAUUCAGAAGAGGAGAGUACAGCCACCUCUGAAGAAGACCUGAAAACAGAAGAGAUACAGGGUGUGUAUUACCAGUGCGUUUCACACAAACCUUUUCUCAUAGGGACGAGUCAAUCCUCAUUUGAGAUCUGCGCGUGUAACUCACAUUUCUGUGCUAGAUGUCAUUGAAUUGAAUGCACAAUUUACAUGUCUUCUCAUUGACAUCAAUGCAUGGUGUACAUAAAAGACUUGAGUUAUGCAGGCGACUCUCAAGUUAGGAUUCAGACAAUAGUGCUGUUGCUUUGCUACCCUCUCAUGUUCCUGUGAAUAGCCUGAGGUCUCACACACACACACACCAAAUGUGGGCUCACUACCAUGGGAACCCUUCACCUCAUACUCUCUUGCAGUCAAUCUCAGUCCGUGGGGUGGUUUUACACACACACACAUUGUUGUCCCAUCUCUAUUUGCUUAGAGAUUGGUAGUAGAGAAAGCCCAAAGUUCAGCCUAGGGAUUUCAGGAAGGAUUUCAGACACAAUCCUCUCCUGCUGGAUUACAGUUACACUGGUUCUCUAGUGUUUCUGUCUACCCUCUUCUAGAACAGUUUCACUGGUUCUCUAGUGUUUCUGUCUACCCUCUUCUAGAACAGUUACAC